UAGAUUAACUUCUCCAUCACUUCACCAUUCUCAUUCUCUCUAACACUAAAGCCUUCGAUUCGACCCCACCAACUCUGUUCCCUUCUCUUUCUUCUCAAAUCGCCAUAUCCUUCAACAAGGUACAGAGAAAAGGAAAACUAUGGGGAGCAAAGCACCGAGUUGGUCUGAUCAAUGGGGAACGGGAGGGUUUGGUAGUGAGCACUAUGAGGAGGAUGAGAAGGUGAAGAAGAGUAGUGGCAGUAGCAAAAAGAUGGCAGAUGCAAAGGCUAUGGCAUCAGCUGGAAUGGACAAAGCCAAAGCAGCUGCAAUUGUGGGUGCUGACAAGGCUAAAUCAGCUGCUGUAGUGGGUGCCCAGAAGGUGAAGAGUGGCACUUCUGCUGGCCUCAAAUGGGUCAAGAAUCAGUACCAAAAAAGGACUUCUUCCAAGUGAAGUCACCUACUCAUUGGACAGUUUCAUUGUAUGGCUUUGGUAAAUAAUACAUGUUGCUUUAGUAAAGUGUUUUGUUUCUUUCGUAAUCAACUAAUUGAUAUGCCUUGGUUUGCUUUUCAAUUUCUACUGCAACAAUCCAGAUUAGCUUUAUUUUUUCCUUGUGAUUCAUAGUUUUUGUUUGAUUAUAGAAAAAAUGUUGGGUGUUAUAUAACUUUUCCCUGUAUCUUUCUGUGAUUGCUCAAUGAACAAAUUCUCCAGUUUUACAUUGUUUGUUGCCGACUG